ACAUUCUACACGGUCACGAUUAAUGUAACACGAUAUCGUUCUCGUGUUAUUUAUCCUCCUGUCUCCACGCUGGUACUUACCUUAUUUCACAUUUAUCACGUAAUGUGUAGAAACGGACAAUAAACUGUAAGUUAUUAAACAUAUCUUCAAUUCUGAGGUGGACACUAUUAAAUAAAUCAAAAUGAAGAUUAAACGGCAAAAGCAAGCAAAGAAAACAAUUAGCUUCCAUAAAUUCAACUUCAGUUUUCGGGAGCCUUUUCAAAUUCUCAUCGAUGGGACAUUCUGUCAAGCAGCAUUAAGAAACAAGAUUCAGAUUAAAGAGCAAAUGCCAAAGUAUUUAAUGGGAGAAGUGCAACUUUGUACAACGAAUUGCGCAAUGAAGGAACUGGAAUCACUCGGCAAAGAGCUUUACGGAGCCAAACUCAUAUUGCAACGGUUUCAGGUCCGAAACUGCAAGCACUUCAAGAACCCAGUGCUAGCUUCAGAGUGCCUGCUGUCCAUGCUGGAAGAGGCCAAUCCUCACCAUUACUUUGUUGCCACCCAGGACCGUGCAGUAACAGAAGGCUUAAAGAAGAUCCCAGGUGUACCUCUCCUCUAUAUUAUCCUAAACACUAUAGUGCUUGACAAGCCCAGCCAGGCAUCCCUAAACCACGUCCAGGCUGUGCAGCUUGGGGAGCUGGUCACCCCAGCCCAGCAGCAGAGCAUCCGCAGCCUGAAGGAGGAAGUGGGCAUCGGGCAGGACGGGGAGCGGCGUGGCAAGAAGAGGAAGAGGAAAAUUUCGAACCCUAACCCUCUCAGCUGCCUGAAGAAGAAGAAGAAGAAGCUGCCCACACAGCCGCUGAAUAUGAGGAAGACUGAUGGCGAGGAGAAGAAACGCACCAGGAAUCGUAGACGCAAGUCAGCCGGAGGGGAGGGGUUAUUGGUUAACCCUGUUCCAAAUCCUUAGUGGUCUGGAAAGUAAAAAAAAAACAUCAACUUCACAGUUGUGUGUGUGUGUGUGUACACAAGCCACAGAAAUACAUAUUAUACUGUUGUGUAACCCCUGUUCUGCAAAAUAUGGUUCAUGUUCACUAGAAGGAAAAUGUGUGAAGCUGUUCAAAUAAACAUGACAUCAGUAUCAUGUAUCUACCUGGGGAAGUGUUAGAUGGUUUCCUCCCUUUCAUUUGAAAUCCUUAGAUUAUUGCUAUUAAACCCAUGUGAAUUUAAAGUAUUGUACUUUUAAAUGUGCAGCAGUGAUUUUUCACAUUGAAAUAUAAGUAUUUUGACUGUAAUCCAUUGGAAGGAAAAGAGAGCCUAUGAGAGCAAGUCAGAAAUGUAACCAAUUGUUAAUAAAGAUGUGAGUCAGUAGCCUCCCUGUAAGCUAAUGUAAAAU